UGUGAACACAUCUCACCACACACCACGCACCAACCGCUUUCUCUCUCUCUCUCUCUCUCGCUCUCUCUCUCAUCCAGCAAUACACCAAGCAGCCUUCCCCUCAACCCCUCCUCCAUCCACCACCAUGAAGCUGUUCUUUUGCCCCAAGCCCGCCACCACUCUCCUGGUGUGCUGCGCCCUUGUGGCAAUCGUGAGCGCUCAAGACAACCAACAGGGUACUCCCAUGCCCACCUCCAUGGACACCACCAUGGAAACCACCACGGACACCACCGCGACGAUGGAUACCCCGGCGCCCAUCAGCAUGAACGGCGAUCCGACGAUGGAGACCCCGGCGCCCAUCAGCAUGAACGGCGAUCCGACGAUGGAGACCCCGGCACCCUCCGUGCACGAGCACACCGACGACAUGGACCACGAGACCGUGAGCCCCACCGAGGCCGGCGAGGAGGCUGACGGCGCGACUGCGAUGGGCGGCGGCGCCAGGGUGACCGCCGUGGUGUCGUGCGCUUUGGCCGCGUUGGCGGCCGGUGCCUUGUGGGGCCUUUGAGGUGGUGAUGUUAAUGUUGGUCGGCGGAUGAAAAUCGGAGCGGCCGUUCGCUUGCGCGCGUCGGUGCAUAGUGGCGGGGGCGACAAGCGAUGGCGGUGGCUUGACGGCUUUCGAACGAGUUUUGUUUCUGCCUUUCUUGAGGAGAGGGCGAUGGGCCGGCCUGGCCGUCUUCAUGAAACGCCGGCAUAAUCGUGUCAGGUGCUCCUGAUGCUGGGGCGUUCUUUUCUCUUCAAAAGGGGAGGCCGCUCCCCACCGCCCGGACGGCGGGAGUGGUUGCUCUGGGUAUGGUUGAGUCGCACAGGUGCCCCGUGUUGGGAAUUUUCGGUCUGCGCACGAGUUUUCAGUGUUGAGUUCUUGCAGAGGAAUGUAUUCGCUGCUGUAAUUUUCCCCUCUGUGGGGCAAGACUCUCUUUUCUUCUUUCUCUUGGGGGAGAAGGAUUUGUUUUGCGCCGCCGCAGGGAAUCGAACAUAUUCACUCCACUGCCAGUAGUCUAGAUGCGUGCCUCGUUUUUGUUCUUGUUGGAACCCUUAUUGUUUGUCGUGGUGCUUGGAAGUAGAUAUCCCUUGGGAGUAAGCUACACAGAAGUCAAGACGUGACUGCCGCAGCAAGUUCUUGAGCGGCCGCUCGAUAUGAAUGACAGAUGGUACAUGCGUCCUGUGUUGCUCUUUCGAGUGCGCAGCCCGCAAACAUUGAUUGCCCACGUUUUCUUACGGUUUGCCUGCCUACCUGUCCAGGAGGUCAGGAGCUGAUUAAUGUGGAAUGAAUAGGGUUCGGUGGGGGAGGGGUACCUUGUGUGAGAUUACGGAGGUUGAAUAUCUGACUGCUCCAGAGAGGUGUCCCUUAAAUUUGUACUUUUCAUUUUGAAAAGGACGGCCCAUGCACGUGCGCUUUUGCGUACACGCACGACACGUUUCGAAAUGGGUUCAGUCUCUUUGUUGAUGGCCCGCGUCUCAGAUCAUGAGGGCACGUGCGUCCUCUAGAGGGAGGCGCUUAUUAACGAUGUCAGCAGGUCUCCCAGCAACCCAGUGUUGAUUGGUGUUGGUGUGUCUUUCUUUUGUUUUGUCUUUCGCUGCUUGUUUUCUCCUUUGGGUCUCGGAAAACUGGUCUGACUUGUUUGGUCAAAACUGACCCGGCGAACAAACUGGUGGAAGUUCAACGUUACAACGCUGUAGGGGGGGCGACAAGAACCGUCUCACUCACUCGCGUACUGGAGAGCUACGGCAGGCACCGUGUGAAAACAAUGUUUUAUUUAAGGCUGUUCCUCUGGCUUUUUUUUUUGCGAUUGGAUGAGCUGGUCUGGUAGGCAGUGCUUGAGCAUCAACAGCAAGCCCCCUAAAGUUGGAAUGUGUGUACGGUCAAAAACUUUUUUUUUUUCCCUUUUUCGCGUUAUCGAAGUCAGCCGCCUGAAAAUAUGACCUACCCAACUUGCGUCGAAAAUGCUGUCGAGAAGGAGCUGCCACGUGAUCAUAGUUCCGCCAUGGAUUUUAUUCUUCCAAAUUGGAUACAGAUCGAUGCAAAUUGAAAAAGGUUAGGUUCUGUAGGGUACCCACAGAUCUCUACCGGGGGUAAUUACCCUCUGUUUUACCCUACAGAACAAUUCUGUGAGUUCUGUGCCCG